GCUUGCCUCCGCGAGCGCUGGACGAAGCAACGGCUGAAGUGGGAGCGCGUGCGAAGGUAUUUCCAGAAUGAAGAAGUUUCUGCUGGUUGAUGUUGACCCGGGUGUUGAUGAUGCUGUAGCGCUAAUGAUAGCUCUAGAAUCUCCAGAUGUUGAAGUUCUUGGGAUAACUUGCUGUUACGGAAACAGUCAGUUGCAAAAUACAUCUAGAAAUGCACUCCGUGUGUUACAUGUUUGUAAUAAACUGGAGAUUCCAGUUUAUUCUGGAGCUUCUGCUUCCAUACUUGGUGAGCCAUUGGUGGAUACAUUCUAUUAUGGAAAAGAUGGUUUCGGUGAUGUUCCAGAUCUACAUUCUCCAAGUUUAGACCUUCUGCAGAAAGAACAUGCUGUACUUGCAAUACUAAGAAUAGUCAAUGAGCGACCAGGUCAGGUUUCUCUGGUUGCUGUUGGACCCUUGACAAAUUUAGCACUGGCAGUGAAAAUGGAUCCAGACCUUCCUAAAAAACUUAAAAAUGUGUUCAUCAUGGGAGGAAAUAUUGAAGGAAAAGGAAAUGAUACAGUCUCUGCAGAGUUCAAUUUUGCAUCUGAUCCAGAAGCUGCUUACAUUGUCUUAAAUGAGUACACGUGCCCAGUUUAUAUUGCAACAUGGGAGGUCAUAAACGCCUUUCCGUUAUCCUGGAAUUUCUAUCAUCAAUGGAUUAAUCAAAAUACUGAGAAAGCCAAGUUUUUGAAGAAAAUCCAUGCUCAUUGUAUAACAAAGGGUGAACAUAAACCAGGCUUUGUUUCUUGUGAUUCUUAUGCUGUGGCUGCUGCAAUUGAUGAUAACUUUAUCACAGAAGUCACCUCAGUUGGUGUCACUGUUGAGCUCAGAGGCUCCCUGACCAGAGGGAUGAUGGUCGUGGACUGGACUGACAAACUGAAAAAGAAACACAAAGUUUUUAUCAUGAGAAAAUGUGAUCUCAAGAAAUUGGAGGCACUUUUCUUGGCUGCUGUGAAAUAGAAAUGGGACUCCUAAGUGAAAAUCCAUCCUAACUUAGACAUCUAUUGGGAUGGGAAUACUGAUCUUUGGCUAUAGUUGCAACCGUUGAAACAGUAUUUCUUGCAAGAGAAACAAUGUUAGCCUGGAAAAGGUUGCCACUGCCAUAAUUCCAUUAAUGCUAAUCCUCUCUUAAUUACAGUCUGUUAGCAUCUCUGAAAAAAUUGAGUUUGAACCUAAACCUUACAGAGAAAAUAAUAAUAAUCAUCAUCAUCAUCAUCAUCAUACUCAUACUCGAGCUCGACUUGAGAUUUUGUGAUAUGAAAUCUAUCCUAUAUAUCUCGUUUGCUAUGACAUACUGUGUUUUUGUGUCAGUAAAAUAAUAAUAAUAAUAAUAAUAAUAAUAUUAAUAAUAAUAAUAAUAAUAAUAAUAAUAAUCUUUAUAUAUACCCUGCCACCAUCCCCCCAAAGGAACUCAGGGUGGCAAACAAGAGACCAAGCCCAAGGAUUACAAUACAGCAAGGUAAAAUACAACAGCACAUAAUAAUAACAAAAUAAAAUGCAAACAGUAGCAAAUGCACAAUAAACAAACACAAAAUAAAACAGUGGAUGAAUAAAAACACAGUGGAUGGGCCAAAUGCACAGGAUAAAAUUGAUAAAACCCAUGAAAAUUUCUUUGAUGCUUACUUUCUAUAAUGAAACUAACAUUAAUAGUUAAGCAAUUACUCAAAUCCGUUAGAUAACAUGAUUUUAUUUAUUCCAUGAAUUAACCUACCGAGAUAGUAGGUUAAUUCACAGAAUAAAUUAAAUCAUGUUAUCUAAUAGAUUUGAGUAAUUGCUUAGCUAUCAGUGUUAGGGAGCCCUCGGUGGCACAGUGGGUUAAACUGAUGAACUGCUGAGCUUGUUGACCAAAAGAUUGCAGGUUCGAAUCCGGGGAGCGGUGUGAGCUUCCACUGUCAGCCCCAGCUUCUGCCAACCUAAUAGUAACAGCGCUCCAUGCAGUCAUGCCAGCCGCAUGAUCUUGGAGGCAUCUUCGUACAACGCCGGCUCUUUGGCUUAGAAAUGGAGAUGAGUGCCAACCCCCAGAGUCAGACAUGACUGAGCUUAAUAUCAGGGGGAAACCUUUACCUUUACCUACCAGUGUUAGUUUCAUUAUAGAAAGCAAGCAUCAAGAGAAAUUCUGAUGGGGCACUCAGGGAAUAUACUGAAAUCCACUAUGUAUCUACUGGAUUCUGCCCAGAGAAAAAUUAAGCACACUUUUGCUUUUUUCUUGUAAUGGACUACAAUUUCCAUUAGACGUACCAGUUAAUUACCAUAAGCCUAUUUUAUGUGUUAAAUACGUUAAUCACAGUUAGCUUAAGUCAAGACCAAAUUGGUUAGUCACUUCCAAAACUUACAUAGAUGUUUUAUGCCAAAAGGGAAACAGUUUAUCACUGUAACAAAAGAAAGGUGCCACUAUAAUAUUUUUUCUACAACAGUAAUUAUUUUAAGUAUUGCCAAAUAAUGUGUUUCUGCAUUCCAAAGUUACAGAAUUACAGUGCUGAAUUAUUCUCUUUGUGUUAAAUGUUAAAAAUAUAAAAUAAAAUAUUAUUUGUUAAGAUUC